AUGCAAAAUUCAUUUUAUCACUUCAUACGCGAAUCUUCAUGCUUCAAACUAAUUGCUUAUCCAUUUGUUGAUAUAAAUACAACAUGUGUUGCUCAUCUCAAUCCAUUUGCAAAACUAGCAUCUAAUGCAUCCAUAUUUAAUGCACUCAACGCCUCUACAUAA